UUAAAGUACGGAUGACGGCAAAAACACCCAAAAAAAAAGUGCGGACGACGGAGAAGGAAGUGAGAGAAAGCUGCGCCGUCUUUUCCAACUAUUUCUCCCCCUUAUGUUACCAGGCCUCAGUUAUCCAUUCCCCUUAGUUCUAACUUCAAACCUCUAUCAUAAAUGUUCUUCAAAGUAAACUUCUCUUUUGGUAUAAUUUCGUUUCUGAACUGUCAUGUCUCUCUCUUACCCUCGCGAUGUCCUCCUCAACAAACCCAGAAGGUGGAGGAGCUCAUCUGUUUCAGUUUCUUUGGAUGCCGGAUUGAAGAAUGCACAGAUAUCUAAAGAUGGAACUGUGUGCUUUCAAGUGCCUAAGGAAAGAAUUAAGGAAUUAUUCUUCCUAUGACACUGCUUGGGUCUCAAUGGUCCCUUCUUCUAGUUCCUCUCAGUACCCUUAUUUCCCCAAGUGUGUAACCUGGUUAUUGGAGAAUCAGCUCCCUGAUGGUUCAUGGGGUCUUCCACAUUCCGAGUCCAUGCUUAUUAAAGAUGCCUUGUCCUCCACAUUGGCAAGUGUGCUUGCACUCAAACGUUGGAAUGUUGGGGAAGAACAUGUUAAAAGGGGAAUUCAUUUUAUUGAGUCCAACUUUGCGUCAGCAACUAAUGAGAAGCAACAUUCUCCAAUUGGCUUUAAUAUCAUAUUUCCUGGGAUGAUUGAUUAUGCUAGAGACACUGGUUUAAAUAUUCCUCUUAGCCCAUCAAUUUUAGAUUCUUUACUUCGCAAGAGACACUUGGAGCUCAAAAGAGCGAGAAAUUACUAUCUGGCUUCUACAAGCUGUUCUGAGAGAAGGAAGGCAUAUCUAGCAUAUGUUGCAGCAGAAGGACUGGGAAAGUCACAGGAUUGGAUUGAGGUCAUGAAAUAUCAAAAGGAAAAUGGAUCUCUGUUUAAUUCACCAUCUACAACUGCAGCUGCUUUUAUUCACUGUCAGGAUACUAACUGCCUCAAUUACUUGCACUCAGUCUUAGAAAGGUUUGGCGAUGCAGUUCCAACAACUUAUCUUUCAGAUACAUACACUUGUCUUUGUAUGGUUGACAUUCUGGUGGGUUUGGGAAUUGAUCGUCAUUUUAGGGGUGAAAUAAAAGUUGUUUUGGAUGAAACAUACAGAUACUGGUUGCAGGGUGAUGACGAGAUAUUCUUAGACCCUGUCACAUGUGCCAUGGCAUUUCGGAUCUUACGUAUGAAUGGAUAUGAUGUCCCUUCUGAUGCAUUAGCUCAAUUUGAUGAACAGUAUUUUUGUUAUCCACUCAUAGGACAUAUGGAGGAUAUCAGUGCUCCGAUUGAGUUAUACAAGGCUUCAGAAAUCAUGUUAUCUAAUGAACCAGUUCUAGAGAACCUGAAUUUCUUUUUAAGUUGUUAUCUGAAACAAGGAUUAUCCAAUGAUUCAUUCCUUGUGGAUGGAGUCCAUAAAUAUACGAGCAAAGCGGUGGAAUAUACUCUAAGAUUCCCCCACUAUGCCAGUUUGGAACGCCUCCAGAGCAGGAGUACUAUUGAGAAUUACAAUGUAAAUAGUCUGAGGAUUCUGAAAACGGCAUACAGCUGUUUAAAUAUUAGCAAUCGGAAUUUCCUACAACUGGCAAUGGAAGACUUCAAUGUCUGUCAAGAAAUCCACCGUGAAGAACUCCAGCAUCUAGAGUUAUGGGUGAAAGAGAACAAAUUAGAUAAGCUGAAGUUUGCAAGGCAGAAAGUGGUGUACUUUUACUUCUCUGGUGCGGCAACCCUUUUCUCGCCUGAGCUAUCUGAUGCCCGCAUGGCCUGGGCCAAAAAUGGUGUCCUCACCACAGUGGUUGAUGACUUCUUUGACUAUGGAGGUUCUAAAGAAGAAUUAGUGUCU